ACGCAGAAGCUUUCUGCAGCUGCAGAUGAAAAGGAGACUCAAGAGGAAUCCAACAUAACAGACAAACAGGCCGCUAUCACAGAAAAAAACCCAGGACAUUUUCAAGAUUAAAAAAAGCCAGUCAGCUGUUGACAACAAUCAAAAAAUGGCAAUAGAAAGCACAAAAAGCAAAGAUGUUGCACAUAUUAUAAAGGACAACUGGAGCAGAAAAAUAGCCAAUGGAAGCAAUGAAAAACUGCCCAUAUUUAAACUCAACCUGUCUGAAACAUGGAAGAACAGUGACGGAUUCUGCAGAAGAAGCACAUUUGGGACAGAACACAUCAAGAAAAUGAACAAGACCAUCAUGAUGAUCGGAGCCACUGGUUCAGGAAAAACCACUCUAAUUAACAGCAUGAUCAACUACAUUCUUGGAGUGCAAUGGGAGGAUGACUUCCGGUUUGUGCUGAUAGAUGAAGGGAAGCAGAAAUCCCAGGCUGAAAGUCAGACUUCAGCGAUAACGGCAUAUCAAAUCAAUCACAUGGAUGAUUUCCGGGUCCCUUAUUCUCUGACCAUAGUGGACACACCAGGAUUCGGUGAUACCAGAGGAAUCUCACAUGACCAGAAGAUCACAAAGAUGAUUCAGGAGUUCUUUUCAGCCCGUGGAGGGAUCGACCGCAUUGAUGCCGUGUGUUUUGUAGUUCAGGCUUCACUUGCCCGUCUGACGCACACACAGAAAUACAUCUUUGACUCCAUUCUCUCCAUAUUUGGGAAGGAUAUUGCUGAAAACAUCCUUGUGCUGGUCACCUUUGCAGAUGGGCAAACACCUCCUGUUCUCGAGGCCAUCAAAGUCUCUGAAGUGUCCUGUGCUAAAAAUAAGUCUGGAGAGCCUCUUCACUUCAAGUUCAACAACUCUGCUGUGUUUGCUAUCAAAAAAUCUGCAGAGGAUGAGGACUCUGACUGUGAAAACUUUGACCAAAUGUUCUGGAAGAUGGGAUUUUCUAGCAUGAAAAAAUUCUUUGCAUCUCUUAUCAAGAUGGAAACCCAGAGCUUGUCUCUGACACGGGAGGUCCUAAAAGAGCGACAGCAGCUGGAAGUUAAUGUGGAAGGCCUCCAGCCCCAAAUCAAUGCUGGUCUGACAAAACUGGAUGAAAUCAGGAAGACAAGAGCAGCUCUGGAGCAGCACAAGGCUGAGAUGGAUGCAAACAAGGAUUUUGAAUAUGAAGUAGAAGUAAAUGCUCCAAAACAGAUCAAAAACACCACUGGCUACUACUUAUCCAACUGCCAGAAGUGUUACUUCACAUGUCAUGAAACAUGCCAAAUUGCAAAUGACAGUGAAAGAUAUAACUGCUGGGCCAUGACAGAUAGAAAGUGUAGGAUCUGUCCUGGAAAGUGCGCUUGGAAUGUGCAUUUUAAUCAGGAAUACAAAUGGAUAUAUGUCCCAGAAAAGAAAAAGGAAACCUAUCAGGAAUUAAAAAAGCGAUUUGAGGCUGCACAUGGACAGGUCAUGUCAAAAGAAAAGAUCUUUGAAGAACUUGAAAAUGAGCUUGAGGUUGUCCAGGAUACUGUGGCCGGACUAAUUGAAAGAUCUCAAAAGUCUUUGGAGCGACUGCAGGAAAUCGCCCUCAAGCCCAAUCCUCUGUCCACCCCUGACUACAUCGAUCUGAUGAUUGAGUCUGAGAAACAAGAACGCAAGCCUGGAUUUAAAGAUCGCAUACAGUCUUUGAUGGAUGUCAGGAAGAAGGCAGAGAUCAUCAGUAAGGUUUCCACAGGAGGAGUGCUUCCAGAGAAUUGGAAAACAUACAAACCUGCAACAAGAAAAAAAGCUUUAUAUGAUCCAAGAAACUGGUUCAGUUGGCCCAGUAAUCACUAAAGUAAUGAACCAAAACAUUUGGUUGUGCUAAGAUGCUCUGCAUGCAUUUUUAUUAUACUUAAAAAUACUUCAGCUUAAAAAUGGUCUUCAUCUUCAUUCUUCAUAUGAUGUAUAAUCCAUACCUGCAUGAUUCUGCCUAACAGCUUGUUACAUGAAAAAAAGUGAAAAUCGUCUAAAACUGAUUUAUAGUGUAUUGAAUGAACUGAAUAUGUUGCGUAUCAUAAUGUUGCUUUGGGAUGAUGUAAUUUUACUUUCAUUUAUAUUAGUCAUUCAUUUUGCAUGAAAAAAAAAAAGCAAGCGAGUUAACAAUCAUUGUGUGUUGCCAAUAAAGACAUUUAAAAUGUAAAA